UUCAAAUUUCAAGGCUCCAGUAUCCACCUUGGAGAUCCAUCAUAGAGACAGAGGAUGUGAAUGCUUUGAUCUGUACAAAGAGCUCGUUCCUUAUCAAGAGGCAUGGUCCUGGCAAAAAUCCGUAGUAAGAAAAAGAAGAAUUCUCCAUAUGAUGUUUACCAAACAGAACGUGGUGGGGAGGUUACGUUCCACGGACCGGGUCAGCUAGUCAUGUACCCUAUUCUCAAUUUGAGGUAUCACAAGAUGGAUCUUCAUUGGUACCUAAGGGCACUUGAGGAGGUGGUAAUCCGAGUUCUUUCAUCGACAUUUUCUAUCAAGGCUUCUCGACUUGAUGGUUUUACUGGUGUUUGGGUUGGCAAUCAGAAGCUAGCUGCCAUUGGGAUUCGGGUCUCUCGAUGGAUAACAUAUCAUGGCUUAGCACUGAAUGUUACAACAGAUCUAACACCCUUUCAACAUAUAGUUCCCUGUGGCAUAAGGAACCGUCAGGUUGGAAGCAUUGAGGGACUCCUGCGAGAAUCUGGACCAUCCAGUGGGUGGAGAACAGAAAACAGUUCCCCUCACCUGAUAGCUGUUACUCAUGAUUCCUUGCUCAAGGAAUUCUCUGAAGUUUUUCAGCUUACACUGAACCACAAAUUCUUUUCUUGCUCCAACUUUCUAAAGGAAGAACCAUUGAACCCACUGUGAAUCUAAUUUGGGGGAAUGAUCGAGAAGUAAGAUGG